AUGACUGCGCCACCGCCGGAACUCGUCCAACUCCAAGCCGGUUCAAUGGUGAGGAGCCCUCUGUCUCCACUCGAGUGGAUCCACGGUUCUUGCAGGUCGAGAGAUGGACAAUCACGAAAAAGUUGGGAGAGGGAGGCUGCGGAGCCGUGUACUUGUGCACCGACGCGACCGGAAAGUACGCCCUGAAGGUGGAGGCCAUCUCUGAGCAGAUGCAGGUUCUCAAGAUGGAAGUGCUCGUGCUCGGCGAGCUCACCAAACGCGGAAGUCGUCACUUUUGCAAGAUCGAGGACAAGGGCCGCUACGGAACGUUCAACUACGUGGUGAUGACGUUGGUGGGCAAAUCGCUGCAGGACCUGCGCAAGGGCACGCAGCAGCAGUGCCUGAGCCUCGCGUGCUCGAUGAGCUGCGGGAUCCAGUCGUUGGAGGCGUUGGAAGAUCUGCACAACAUCGGAUACUUGCAUCGGGACGUCAAACCGGGCAACUACACGAUCGGACGCGCCGAGCUCAACGAAUUGCGCAAAGUGUACAUUCUCGACUUUGGAAUGGCUCGCAAGUUUACCGAUAAUAAUGUGAGUUGGGGGCAAAGCUUUGGCUAAACGCGCUCCGUCGCUCUCUUGUGCAGUGGAGCGCGUUUGCUUAGCCUAGCCGGUUGGCAAUCUUUCAAUUUCAGGGAGUGAUCCGCAAGCCGCGUGCGGCGGCCGGAUUCCGCGGAACGGUGCGCUACGCGCCUAUCGCGUGCCACAAACAGCAGGAGCUCGGCCGCAAAGACGACGUGGAAGUGUGGCUGUACAUGCAGGUGGAGCUGACGGUUGGACGCGUGCCCUGGAAGGAGAUCACCGAUAUGAACGCGGUCGGACAGGCGAAGCAGAACAUGCGCAACACGCCCGAAAAGAUGUUUGUGCACCCGUGCCCCGCCGCCGAGCUCAAGCAGAUAAUGACGAUGAUCGACAGCUGGGACUACUUUGCCGACCCGAACUACGCGGAGAUCUACAGACUGAUGAAGCAGGCGCUGGCCAACUGUGGAAAGCCCGAGUUUCCGUACGAUUGGGAGCCGGGCAUGCCGCUCAACUACAUGGUCAAAUAA